AUGGGCUGCUUUCACUCUAAGAACCUUAGAAAUUAUCCCGGUUAUGAGGAGCCUUCGGUUCUUGCUGCCGAGACGCCUUUCACAGUUAGUGAAGUCGGGGCUUUGCACGAACUGUUUAAGAAAAUUAGCAGUUCAAUAAUCGAUGAUGGACUCAUCCAUAAGGAAGAAUUCCAGCUAGCACUAUUUAGGAAUAAGAACAGGAGGAAUCUGUUUGCAGACAGGAUAUUCGAUUUGUUCGAUUUUAAGCAGAAUGGAGUGAUUGAAUUCGGAGAAUUCGUUCGAUCUUUAGGCGUAUUUCAUCCUAAUGCACCUGUUUCAGACAAAAUUUCGUUUGCUUUCAGAUUAUAUGAUCUAAGGGGCACAGGUUACAUUGAGUGGGAGGAGUUGAAAGAAAUGGUACUGGCACUACUAAACGAAUCAGACCUCGUACUUUCGGAGGAUUUUGUCGAAAUGAUUGUGGACAAGACAUUUCAAGAGGCGGAUUCGAAAGGUGAUGGAAGGAUUGAUCUCGACGAGUGGAAAGAAUUCGUGUCGAAAAAUCCAUCUCUCAUAAAAAACAUGACCCUUCCAUAUCUAAAAGACAUAACUCUUGCAUUUCCAAGCUUUGUGGUACACGGCUCGGAAAUUGACGACUCUGAAGUGUAA